UUUAGGGUUGUUCCGAUGCUAGCCAGCUAGCUUUAUCGCUCUGUAGUUUUCCUGUUGAUGUGUCUGUGCUUGAUGAAUUGUGGAGAAAAUAAGAGAUGUGGUCCUUUUUUGCCAGGGAUCCCGUCAAAGACUUUGGAUAUGAAAUUCUACCAGAAACCCAAGAAAAAUCUGGAAUAUGGACUCUUCACAGAGGGAAGCGAAAGGCCAAUGGAGAACCCGUGUCUGUAUUUGUCUACGAGGUGGCUCAGGGAACAGAAGAGCAGACCCAGUUAGCCAAAGCUGCUUUCAAGCGAAUGAAGACUCUGCGUCAUCCCAAUAUUCUGGCUUAUGUCGACGGAUUGGAGACUGAGAAGAGUCUUUAUGUAGUUACUGAACAGGUGACACCCCUGGUUGUUCACCUGAAAGCCAAGGCAGAGAAAGGCGGUGCUGGAGAACUGGAGAUCUCAUGGGGACUUCACCAGAUAGUGAAAGCCCUGAGUUUCCUGAUUAAUGACUGCCAUUUGCUCCAUAAUAAUUUGGGUGUAUGGGCUGUAUUUGUGGAUCGAGCUGGAGAGUGGAAGCUUGGGGGACUUGAUCAUGUGACCCCGGAGCAAGGUGAUUCAACCGGCAUCUCUCUGCCUGCCCCUAAAGAUGUUUACCCAGAGAUGGAGAAAUAUGACCCACCAGAGAUGCCCAACAGCAGCAGUGGAGAGAAAUGGGAGGUGUGGCGCCUAGGCUGCCUGAUCUGGGAAGUGUUCAACGGGCCACUCCCUCGCACCUCUUCCCUUCGGUCUCUUGGAAAGGUCCCAAAAGCUCUGGUCCCCCACUACUGUGAGCUUGUGGGGGCCAACCCCCGGGCUCGACCCAACCCAGCACGCUUUCUCCAGAACUGUCGAGCACCAGGGGGCUUUCUUAGCAACAGCUUUGUGGAGAGCAACCUUUUCCUGGAAGAGAUACAGAUAAAGGAGCCUGCCGAGAAGCAGCAGUUCUUUCAGGAUCUUAGUGACAACCUGGAUUCCUUCCCUGAGGAUUUCUGUAAACACAAGGUCUUGCCUCAGCUGCUCACUGCCUUUGAGUUUGGCAGUGCAGGCGCUGUUGUUCUCACGCCACUCUUCAAGGUUGGGAAAUUCCUGUCAUCAGAAGAAUACCAACAGAAAAUCAUCCCUGUUAUCGUGAAGAUGUUUUCUUCUACAGACCGAGCUAUGAGGAUAAGACUGCUGCAGCAGAUGGAGCAGUUCAUACAGUACCUUAAUGAGGCAGCGGUCAAUUCCCAGAUUUUCCUUCAUGUUGUUCAUGGCUUCACUGACACCAACCCUGCCAUCCGAGAACAGACUGUUAAGUCUAUGUUGCUGCUGGCUCCCAAACUGAACGAAACCAACCUAAACCAGGAGCUGAUGCGCCAUUUUGCACGGCUGCAGGCCAGAGAUGAACAAGGCCCAAUCCGGUGCAACACCACCGUCUGCUUGGGCAAGAUUGCCUCAUACCUUAAUGCUGGGACUCGACAAAGAGUUCUGGUUUCUGCCUUCUCGCGAGCCACUAAGGACCCAUUUCCAGCAUCUCGCUCUGCCGGUGUUCUGGGCUUUGCUGCCACACACAACUACUACAGCAUAGCAGAGAUUGCUGGCCGCAUCCUGCCCACUCUCUGUACCAUUACUGUUGACCCUGAUAAGGGAGUCAGGGACCAGGCAUUCAAAGCAAUCAAGAGUUUUCUGUCCAAGCUGGAGACUGUGUCAGAAGACCCAACUAAAUUGUCUGAGAUCGAAUCAGAUGUAGCAUCGGCUGCUCAGUCUGCAGUUGGCACUUCCAGUUGGGCUGGCUGGGCUGUGACUGGCAUGUCAUCGCUGACGUUGAAGCUCAUACGCAACACGCCAGGGGUCGAAGGGUCACCAGCAGCUGAGGGCACUGGGACAACACAGACUACCAGUCCUACCACUGCUGCUAAUGGAGCACCUACAUCUGGUUCUGAAGAUAAAACUCCACAAGCCUCUCUAACUCGGCAAGCUGCCCCAAGUAACUCUAACCAGUCACAAAUUCUGAAAACGACAGAAGAAGAUGAGCCAACAGGAGAUCGCUGGGACGACGAUGAGGACUGGGGAAGCUUGGAGGAGCCUGAAAAAGCUCACACAGAACCAGAUGACUGGAGCACUGACUGGUCAGGAAUAGUUACAUCUAAAAAGAAGGCCAGUGACAGAGGGGUGGGUCGGGCGUCCUCUUCCAUAGCAGUGAAAAAGCAAAGCUCUGACUGGAGCAGCUCGGGCUGGGAUGCCGAUGACAGCUGGUCUAAUGAGAAGGAAGGUCAGGGUCAGAGCUCUGCGGGUGAGGACGGCUGGGGUAAUGACUGGGGAGAGGAGGAGACGGACAUGUCCUCCACCAACAAGACACUACCAUUGCCCGAGGGGGUGCGUCUAACCAGUGAAUACAACUGGGACAGCAGCAGCUCAGCCAAGGGGGCUGGUCAGAGUGACCUGUUCGCCAGCGUGUCCCAAAGAAACACAACCAGCACUGCCACUGCUACCAUGGCUGGAGACGGCUGGGGCUCAGAGACAGCCGGAGACUGGGGAAAUGAGGAGAGCUGGGAGUCAGUGGAUGGAAGUCAGGGUCUCAGUAAGGCGGAGCUGUCCAAGAAGAAGCGGGAGGAGAGGAGGAAGGAGCUGGAGGCAAAACGAGCAGAACGCAAAGCCGCCAAAGGUCCUCUCAAACUGGGUGCACGUAAGCUGGACUGAAGCGGAAAGACUCACAAGGGUAGGAUUGAGUGGGAAUGAUGCAGACUACAGUGACUGCAUUGUGGAUGAAGGGUUGACAUUCCAAGAAUGAAAGGAUCAGAGAACGACGUGAGCAGUGACGCGGACACUGAACCUGCCUGUAGGACCUGGAAUGGCUGCUUGCUGGUUGAGCAGAGGAAAAUAUUGUGUGUCCACUCAGUCACACUCAUUCUCUGGAAGCUCUAAAAACUGAUAGACGGGUGAAUGAGCCACAAUCCUGGACUAUGUUAAUGUGGGUGCAAAAAUACAGAAAAAGAAAUGGUGGAAACGGCCUGGAGACAACAGUCUUGUAGCCACGGCCCAAAUCAGUUACACAGUAUCGCCCUGUUUUGUUUUUUUAAUAUAUACAGUUGUAAAUGUACAUAAAUACUGCAUCUUGUCCUAAAAUUACAUUAAGAAAUGACAUGUUUUAUAGAAAAAUAUCUCAAUCAAUCUUGUGUAUUAUACUAUUUUUCUGCACACACACACACACUUGGUAGUGUUGAAUGUUGUAGCUCAGCUGUAAGUAAGUUGCAGAGUUUACACUGCUGAAGUCAGUUCAUGCAUGUACUUGUUUGUGUGGCCUUCUGCCAACAAAUGUCAAGUAUUUUACUUUGCACAUGGUAUCACAAACUGUAUAUUCCCGUACUGAUGCAGCCACACAGCUGACACAUCUGUUGUCAGGUGUGUAAAUUGCUCACGAGCUGUUGGGUCACACAGUUAUUUACUUUGAGCUGCUGCUCAAUAUGUUAAAUGAGAUAUAGGGUUUCUCUCUUAUGUGUUAUCCUACUGGUUGUGUUGCAUUUCAGGACAGUUAUGUCUGGAGGAUGUUCAACAAAAGGAGAACUGAAGUUUCUUCUUUUAUUUGUGCCUUUAUUAGAUUUUACUUCCCAAAUCAAAGGUGAACAGAGGUUAAAAUGGACCAGAACUGCCAAAAAUCUGAUUUUUGUAUUUCUAUCACAUUUUUAAUCAUGAC